ACAAUGUGGGCAAAUCUCCAAUAUGGAAAAAAAAUAGCGGGUGACUGGUAUAAAACGGUCAAGUGUGCAACAACAAAAAAAAUAAUUUUUUUUUUUCAUAGGUAUUUCCCCCCUCCCACUCACACCUUAUAUUCAUUUUCUUUUUUUUUUUUCUCUCUCUCUUAAAAAAUAAAAUAAAAAGAUGGCUAAAGAAACUACCAAAGUCACUAAGCGUGCUGCUGCUCCUAAAGUAGAAGAGGAUAAGAAGAAACGUAAGGCCAAGAAGGAUCCCUCUGCUCCCAAGCGUGGUUUAUCUGCAUACAUGUUCUUCUCUCAAGAUCAACGAUCUACCGUUAAAGAAGAAAGUCCUGAUGCUACAUUUGGUCAAAUCGGUAAGAUCCUUGGUGAAAAGUGGAAGAGCAUGACAGACGAACAAAAGAAGCCUUAUGUCGACAAGGCUGAAGCUGAUAAGAAGCGUUAUGAAAGUGAAAAGGCUGCUGUAAGUAGACAAAUAGGAUGGCAAAAUAAUGGUUUUUUUAAAACUCAUCUUUUUAUAUCAUUAUCUAGCUCGCAUAAAUCAUACAAUCCUCCAAAUUUUAUACUCUCUGCUAUUAAGACAAAAAAAAAAAGAAAGUUUUAUAUAUCUCUUUAUUAA